CGGUUUAAAUGUAAACAUUAGGACGUAAAUUUGUAGGUUGUUGAGAACACGUGUGGUAGUUCUAUUUAAAAAAAAAAAAAAAAAAAAAAAAAAAAAAAAAUCAGUGCUAAUGUUAUAAGUUAUUCUUCAGUUUUAAGAUUUAUCGCUUAUGAAUGAACUUUGUUCUGAACGUAUGUUUCAUUUGUGUCAACCUUAUCAACAUUUACUAUGUCUUUUAUUUUAAGAAACCAUGCAUGUGCGAAAUCUUUUCGCGCCAUUCUGAAAUGGAAUUUAAAUAAAAAUUUGCCGAAAAACUCGCACAGCUGUUACGCCAGUUUAAUUUUUAAUACUCGAAAUAUUCCAUAUGUUAUUCAUCAAUCGAAUUUGAAAUUUAGCAGUCGUGAAUUCUCGGAAAGCUCGAAAUUGCUUGAUAAUAAGCCUGCAAACUUAAUUUCUUUGGUGGAAUAUGGAGAAAUAGCUGAAGAAUGUCUCCAAAGUGUAGGUGAACAGUUUGAAAAUAUCUUGGAGAAGGCAGAUAUCAAAGACUGGGAUGUGAACUAUAGUAAUGAUGUGUUGAAGAUAUCAUUAGAUGAAAUUGGAGAAUAUGUCUUAAAUAAACAAACUCCAAACAGGCAAAUAUGGUUAUCAUCACCUAUUAGUGGUCCCAAAAGAUAUGACUAUGUAGAUGGUGAGUGGAUUUAUAAACAUGAUGGCAUGUCUUUACAUCAACUUCUAUCUACUGAAAUUAGUGAUCUAUUGAAAGUAAAAGUUACUUUUAGAAGUUCUAGAGAUGGAUAACAACUAUUUAUUAUGCAACAUAAUAAGUGUAAGUUACAAUGUAAAUAAAUUUGUUUUAGCAGAGA